ACAUUUUACCUAGUAACAGUGUGAUGGAAAUUAAUGACUGGCUAGUGUCAUGGAGUGGGCUGUCUUAGGGCACUCAAUAUUUGUGCUCAGCUCUAUACUUUCACUUUAGUUUAGCUCUUCGAAGAAAGCAGAUACACGCAUCUGUUAAACUACAAAAAAGGAUCGGAUCAAUCAUGAUGAUUGCUUGGUUUCUUACAGCACUGAUCGCUGUCUCCUUUGCAGCUGAAUCCAAACACACCUCACCCAAGGUUCAGGUGUACAGCCGUAAUCCAGGAGAGUAUGGGAAAGACAACACACUGAUCUGCCAUGUGACUGGCUUCCACCCCCCUGACAUCACCAUCCAGGUAAUGAAGGAUGGAGUGGAACUCCCCAAUGCCAAGCAGACCGACCUGGCCUUCAAACAGGACUGGCACUUCCAUCUGACAAAGACUGUGGGCUUCAAACCCAUGGAGGGAGAAAAGUACACCUGCAAGGUCACCCAUGGGAGUACCGUAAAAGACUAUGCUUGGGAGCCAAACAUGUAACUGUCAGCAGGCCCAGACUGGGUGCUUUCUCUGUCCGGAUUGAUGUUGGAUGUUUUGACCCCAUUGCUAUAAUUCUUCACGUCUCCAAUCAACAGGAUCAUAGUUUCUCCGAACACCCUCACUUUUCUUUUAACAAAACAUAAAUAUCAAUAUCACAUUCAGGGGAAUUUUCAUUUACUAAUUUAAUAUGAGAGAAUGCAUGGGCUGCGGGACAUUUAGUAAUUUGUAAUUUAGCAGUGUGUGGCUUAGAUUGUUUAUAUUCCAGCCUUUAAAAUGUAUUCAUAUUAAAAUGAAAUUUAUUUUCUGUACAAAACUGUUUAGCUUCAACAUUAAUUAUUUCCUGUACCUAAAUGAGGCAAUCAAAUUGUAAUUGGUCAGAUUUAUAAUACAUGAAUUGAGUUUUCUUUCUGCACCAAAGAAAUGUUUGUUGAACCAU